GGCAGCUCGUGUGCCACCUCUCCGGGGCUGUGACAGCCCGGGUGUGAGGCCGCCUUGCACUCAGCCGGGUGUGUAAUCUGCUUACGGGGGCACCGGCGCAGCCCCGGGCUCUCGCUGCCGUAAAUCCCUGUUCCUGCCGGCAGUGCGGGUUGGGACGCUUGGAAAGCGACCGAGAGCCCCUGGAUCGCGCCUGAGCGGCUCUGAUGCAUCCCGACAAUGCAUCAAGGUGAAUCAGCGUCCCUGGCGACCCCGAGGUGACAGCUGGGGAACCCUGGCUGCCACCCACGGCUCCUCCUGGGGCACUGUUAACCCUCCGCCUCCCAGGGAUGAGCCGGGAGAGCCGAGGCAGGAACGCAGGAGCCUGGGAUCCCUGUGGUGGGCAGCGUCCCUGCUUCUCCCAGGCCAGGGCUGUGUCCUUCCCAGGGAGGCCCAGCUCCAGCAGGAACUUGGAGCCGUGUGGGGAAGCUUUAAUUAUCAGGUGCAAAGGUGUGGAGUUUUAAAAUAUUUUUUCAUGGAAAACUGGGUUUCUCCCCUCAAAGAGGCUGUGGAGCCCUCCCUGGCUGGUGUCUGUGGGGUGCUCCAGGGUGAGGAGCAGGAAAGCAUGUGCUGUGCAGCAGGAUGGAGGGGGUUUUGUCUGAGGAUGGAGGGGGGUUUUGUCUGAGGAUGGAGGGGGUUUUUGUCCCAGGACAGAGGGUGUUUUUGUCCUGAGACAAAGGUGUUUCCAAGGACCGAGUGUCCUCCUGGGCUGUAGCCAAGCUGUGUGUUCAGCCCAGGGGUGAUGGUGAUGAUGGUGAUGAUGGUGAUGAUGGCAGUAGUCCUGCAGCCCCCCAGUACCUCCCUUGCCACCUUCUUGGCCAACGGUGCUUUUCUGGUCCUUGAAAUCUCGGCAGCCGGGCAGGAGCUGGGCUUGGCUCUGCCCCGGGGGUCCCUCUGCCCUCCUGUGCCCCGCAGCCCCCGCAGGGGCCGUGCCUGGCCCGUGGGUGCCCUGGGCGCUCGGCGCGCAGCCUGCCCAGGGUGGAGUUAUGCUAAUGCCGCUCCCCUUCCCUCGGCACAGCCGGGGCCACUCGGCAUCUGCUCCUGGCCACGGGCGACACCGGCUGUGCCAUGGCCACCUGCCCCGAGCUGCAGCCUGGGCAAGAGAUAAAGCGUUUCCUGAAGGAGGACUCGGACGAGGCUGAGCUGACCCAGUUCCUGCGGGAUUGCCCUCCGGCCGACAGUCCCAGGAAGGUGGAGACUCCGGAGGGCCGGCGGGAGCCCGGCCACCCCCUGGGCACUGCGGGCAGGGGCCCCGCCGAGGAAGCCACGGACGAGAGGGACUCCAGGAUCUUUUCCCGGUCCCGGCCCCUGGAUACCCCGCAGCACAUCGCAGCCCCCCCGCCCCCCAACCCCAACCGCCCGCGGAGCCCCUGGGGGCAGCUGGACCCCUACGACUCCUCCGAGGAUGACAAGGAGUACGUGGGCUUUGCCACCCUGCCCAACCAGGUGCAUCGCAAGUCGGUGAAGAAGGGCUUCGACUUCACCCUCAUGGUGGCAGGGGAAUCCGGGCUGGGCAAGUCCACGCUGGUGAACAGCCUGUUCCUGACGGACAUGUACAGGGACAGAAAGCUGCUGAAUGCUGAAGAGCGCAUCACGCAGACGGUGGAGAUCACCAAGCACGUGGUGGACAUCGAGGAGAAGGGGGUGAAGCUGCGCCUGACCAUCGUGGACACGCCGGGCUUCGGUGACGCCGUCAACAACACCGAGUGCUGGAAGCCUGUGGCCGACUACAUCGACCAGCAGUUCGAGCAGUAUUUCCGUGACGAAAGUGGCCUCAACCGGAAAAACAUCCAGGACAACCGUGUCCACUGCUGCAUCUACUUCAUCUCGCCCUUCGGCCACGGGCUCCGGCCCCUGGACGUGGAGUUCAUGAGGGCCCUGCACCAGCGCGUGAACAUCGUGCCGGUGCUGGCCAAGGCGGACACGCUGACCCCCGCCGAGGUGGAGCGCAUGAAGAACAAGAUCCGGGAGGAGAUCGACCACUACGGCAUCCGCAUCUACCAGUUCCCCGAGUGCGACUCGGACGAGGAUGAGGAGUUCAAGCUGCAGGACCAGGCACUAAAGGAGAGCAUCCCCUUCGCCGUCAUCGGCAGCAACACGGUGGUGGAGGCCAAGGGCCGGCGCGUCCGCGGGCGCCUCUACCCCUGGGGCAUCGUGGAAGUGGAGAACCCGUCCCACUGCGACUUCGUGAAGCUGCGGACGAUGCUGGUGAGGACCCACAUGCAGGACCUGAAGGACGUGACGAGGGAGACCCACUACGAGAACUACCGCACCCAGUGCAUCCAGAGCAUGACCCGCAUGGUGGUGAAGGAGAGGAACCGCAACAAGCUGACACGGGAGAGUGGGACAGACUUUCCCAUCCCUGUCAUCCCCCCAGUGCCAGAUGUGGAGACAGAGAAGCUCAUCCGGGAGAAGGAUGAGGAGCUGCGGCGGAUGCAGGAGAUGCUGCAGAAGAUCCAGAAGCAGAUGAAGGACUCACACUAGCCUCUUCCUCCGCCUCCUCCUCCUCCUGCUCCUGGCCCCCGGAUCAGAAAUGUUUACAUCACGCUCCGCCCCGCCCGGCCCCGCCAGACUCGGUACCAACCGCACCCGCCACCUUAAAGCUGCUGCGGUAUCGCCUUAUCCACCGCCCAGCGCCGCCCCAGGGGACAGCCGGGGACAGCCAGGGGACAGCCCACCCGGCCCGGGGGUCCCCUGCCCCCGUGUCCCCCCGCCCCCGGGGACAGCUCUGUCCCCCAAGCUUUGGCUUUCCCUGUGUCCCCCCAGCUCUGGGCCACCCUGCUCCCCCUGUCCCCGUGUCACCUCGGGCUCCUGCUCCCAGCCGUCACGUCGACACGGCCCUCGGGUAAGGGGAGAGGAAAUGGGGGCACUGGUGCCAGCCCCCCCCAGCUGCCCCGCCGUGGGGGACAGGGCUGCUUGUUGCCUUGGCACGGAGGGACAGCAGCUCCUGGGGGGCACAGGGGACCCAGGGGAUGGAGGGACAGCCCUGCUCCUUGUGCAGAGGGACUGAACUUGCCAGUGUCCAGCCCUGUGUCCUCACCCUGUCCCCACGGAGUGACACCAGGAAUCCUGGGCCCCGGGGAAAGUCCCUUGAACCCCAAAUCAGAGGUCGGGUCCCCAGCCCGGCUCCCCCUGGCUGUUGGCCCUGUAAAGCAAUAAUGACAGUCCUGUGCCUGUGGCACCUCCCACCCCAUGGCAACGGCGUUGUCCCUGCUGGUAUUUCGGCCCCUGGUGCCGCUUGCUUGUCUGUGGUGUCCCUGUGUGCCCAGGAUGUCCCUGCCCCUGCUGCUUCCUGGUAGAGCAUCCCUGUGUGUUCUCCAAGGAUGUUCCCAUCCAUGCUGCUUCUCAGUGAAGCACUGCUGUGUGUCCCCAUGUUCCCCUGUGAUGUCCCCACAUUCCCCUGUGAUGUCCCCAUGUUCCCCUAUGAUGUCCCCGUGUUCCCC